AGGGAUUCAAGAUCUUUGUAGUGGAAAACGAGAAGUGAAUAUUUAGAAACACUUAAUAAUUUUUUGUUGUUUAACAUUUGAUAGAAAAACUGUUAAUGAUUAUUUUAUUAUUAUUUAAACUUAUACAGAUGAAAAUAUAAGCUUAACAAAAAAUAUUUAUUAAACACAACAAUAAAUACUCCACAAUAGUAUCGUUUGUUGAGUAAGCAAUAAUUUAAACUUAAGGUGUUACUCCCCUUUUUAUGUAGCAUCAAAUAUAAUUGAAAUGUUCCUAUGAAAAUUAAAGGAAGUUGUAAUUAAAAUGAGAUAGUGUUUAACUAUAAUGAUAAAUGAUUUACAUGGUAAAGAUUAAAUAUAAAAAAAAGUGAAAAAUAACAAAGUAGAGCGUCGCAAAAUGGUUCCGCUUAAAGAUAAUAUAGAUUUGGAAUGUUUUUUGGUUACUAAACAUUCGUGGAAAGGCAAAUAUAAAAGAAUUUUGUCUAUAGGAUCUACUGGAGUUUCUACGUAUAACCCAGAAAAAUUUGACUUAACAAAUAGGUGGCUGUAUUCUGACAUUGUAGCUGUUACUCCCAAUAAAUCAUCGAAUAUCCCAAAUGAAUUCCAGCUAACAUUGAAAAAAGAUAGAAAACUAGAUAAUAUUAAAUUAUCAUCUGAGUACCGCAAUGAUAUUUUGAGCUCUUUGUUGAGAUAUUACAAGGAGUUCGCAGAAAAACCUAAAAAUAUCGCGAGAUUUCAGGCUUAUAAAUACCAUUGGUCGGGUAUUAGUCUGCCAACAGUGCUUGAAGUUACUCCAUGUUCCUUAGAUCAACUGGAUCCAACAACGAAUGAAGUACUAGCUAGUUACAUGUAUAAAGACAUGCAAGGAAUCAUAGCAGGUAUACAAAAUUAUGAAGGAGGUAUUGUUAUGGCCUGCGGCGGAUUUAGUCGGCUUCAUUUGUUUAAAUCCACAAAUCAUCAUGAAAUAGUACAGCAAAUAACCCAAAGAGCAUCACAAUUUUUGGCCAUAGAUUUAAAAAUAUUAAAAUCCCAAAUAACUUUAGAACAAUUUCAGCAGCAAAGAUUCGGAAAAUAUUGUGGGGAUGAAUUUCAAACAUCGAUGACGGAAUUCACUGUACAGAAAAUUACAUCACGUCAUCCUGAACCAGUAAAACGUAUUCUUUGCCUUACUGAAACAACAAUUCUUGAAAGAGAUCCUCAAACUUAUAGCGUGUGUACUUUAAGACCGUUAGUUGAAAUUUUUGCAUUAGUUCGUGACUCAGAAAAUAUUCAAAAAUUUCAUAUCGAAUAUAAAAAUGGGGUUGUUCGUAAAUAUAACACAAACGACAGAGAUUCUGUUUUAGCAACAAUUCUUGAUGCAGUACGUUCAAGUGGUAAUCCAGAUGUUCAUGUUCGUAUUAAUAGUACCCCUAGAGGCAAGCGUGUCGUUCCUCUUGAUUAUACGGUUGAUGAAGAAACCGAGGCGAAUCUCUUAAGACUAGUUAUAAAUAAUUUUCAUAAUCAAUCAAGAAGAUCUGAAAUUUUAGAGCGUUUUAAUGCUAAUAUUUCUCAUAGUGGAUUAAAAUACAGUGUUACGCAAGAUAGUUUAUUUGCUGAGAAUAAAUCGAAACUUAUUUUAAGUGCUUUACAAUCAUUAGCUCAAAAAGAAGUUGACAAUCCUACUGCUCAGCUUUCGAAUUUUGAACUUGAAGCAACCUUUCAUGCUUUAAGUCGUUUACUUGCAACGAAGGUUGGAUAUGCUGCAUUCACAUCAUUACAAGGAUUCAGAGAAAUAAUAGGAACAAAGGUUGUAGCUUCAUUGCGCAGAAAUGAUUUAGCCGUUACAUAUGCCGCUAUUAAUAUGAUCAAUUCACUAAUGCAUUCAAUGAAUGCAGAUCAUGAUUUGAGACAAGAACAGCUUAACAAAUCUUCAAUUUUGUCUUCAAAAUCAUUUUUAGAAACGUUAUUGAACAUGUGGACAAAUCAUGUUAGUCAUGGAAGUGGCGCUUUAGUACUUUCGGCAAUGUUAGAUUUUCUCACUUUCGCUUUAUGUGUUCCUUACAGUGAAACAACUGAUGGCAAGCAAUUUGAUAUUCUUUUAGAAAUGGUUGCAGAUCGUGGACGAUAUUUAUAUAAACUGUUUCAACAUCCAUCACUUGCAAUUGUGAAAGGCGCAGGGCUGGUUUUGAGAGCAAUUAUUGAAGAAGGCGAAAUUUCAAUAGCAAAACAAAUGCAAUCUUUAGCUUUAGAUGAAGCUGCUUUAUGUAGACAUCUUAUAACUGCAUUAUAUACACCAUCCAAUGACCCUACAUUGGCUACCCAUCGUCAAUUAUCACGGCACUUAGUUAGUUUAUGGAUUACUGACAAUGAAGAAGCAAUGGAAUUAUUAAAACGAAUUUUUCCUGCUGGUCUGUUAAUGUUCCUUGAAAGUGAAGAAACAGUGUCAGAAGUUGAGGAAGAUAAAUUGAAUUUUCGUGAUAAUUUGAAAUUUGCUAUUCAACAUUCCAACAAAACUAAGCGAACUGCAAUCGUGAAACAUUUAGAAGUUUUAAAACAUUGGGGCAUGAGCUUGUUAGAUCAGCAAGACAAUGUUAAUCAAUCUAUUAAAAAUCGGCCAGUGGUAUUAAGAAACAGAAGACAAAAAAAGAAAACGACUGAUUCUAUUGUAAAUUUACCAUACUUCUUUUAUAAUUUUUCUAAGGAUCAUAAUCUACCAAAUUUAAUUUGGAACCAUAAGACUAGAGAGGAAUUGCGUAUGUGUUUGGAAAAUGAAUUAAGGCAGUUCAUAUCUGAUCGUGAUUUGGCCGGGAAUAUGGUCGUAGCGUGGAAUUUUCAUGAGUUUGAAGUUCAAUACCAAUGCUUGGCCGAUGAAAUUAAAAUUGGUGAUUAUUAUAUAAGGUUAAUUCUAGAAAAAGACGAUUGGCCACAAAAUUUAGUGAAAGAUCCAAUUGAGUUAUUUAACGCUUUAUACAGACGAGUGUUAUGUAGAAAUCGUAUGAAUGACGACCAAAUGACAGUAACUUCCUUACAAGCUUUAGCGAAAGUUUAUAAGAGAUAUCAUGAAGAAAUAGGGAAAUUUAGUGAUAUGACCUAUAUUCUGCAGUUACUUGAUAGAAGUUUAAUACCGUCAUUAAGAGAUGCCCUUAUAGGGUUAGUGAAGUGUCUUGUUCUUGAAAAAUCAAAUUGUAGACCAAUUGUUGAUAAUGUACAAAGUUUAGUGGAUUUGGUUACUUUGGCCCAUUUAUAUAAAGGGAGAGCCAUUCCUAAUACUAAAACAAAUCUGAUUGAAAUGGCACCAGGUAUGCAGCAUUUUGAGGAAAAAGAUUGGUAUUAUAAUAUCGAAAAGGAUGGGGGAAAACCUGAGCGCCAAGGUCCAGUAACUUACUCUGAGUUAAAGGAGCUGUGGACGAAAAAUAUAAUUACAGCAAAAACCAGAUGUUGGGCAACAGGUAUGGAUGGUUGGCGCUCAUUACAGCAAAUACCACAACUAAAAUGGUGCCUGAUGGCAAAAGGACAACCUAUUUACAAUGAAUCCGAACUUGCAUCUCAUAUUUUAGAUAUAUUAAUCAAAUGUACUAGCUUUUUUCCAAGCCGUACGCAAAAUGGGACUGCUGUACUUAUACCUGGACCUAGAUUAUCGAGACGAUUGUCAGAGUUUAUUUGUUUACCACACAUUGUGCAGGUAUGCUUAACACAUGAUCCCGGUCUUUUAGAACGUGUUGCUACACUUUUAUGUCAAAUAAUGGAAGAUAAUCCUGAAAUGCCAAAAGUUUAUUUGACUGGUGUCUUUUACUUUAUGUUGAUGUAUACAGGUAGUAACAUAUUACCUAUUGCAAAAUUUUUAAAAAUGACACACAUGAAACAAGGUUUUCGAAGUGAGGAGAGUUCUCAGUCUGGGAUUAUGCACAGAAGUAUAUUAGGACAUUUAUUACCCGAAGCAAUGGUAUGCUUUUUAGAAAAUUACACCGCAGAUAAAUUUGCAGAAAUUUUUUUGGGUGAAUUUGAUACACCUGAAGUAAUUUGGAGCUCUGAAAUGCGCCGUUUGCUUAUAGAAAAAAUAUCAGCUCAUAUCGCUGAUUUUACCCCAAGGCUGAAAGGUCAUACUAUGGCAAGGUACCCGUACUUGGCGAUUCCGGUUAUCAGUUAUCCACAAUUGGAAAACGAAUUGUUUUGUCAUAUUUAUUAUUUAAGACAUUUAUGUGAUACUCAAAAAUUCCCAAAUUGGCCGAUAUCUGAUCCUGUUCAAUUAUUAAAGCACACUCUUGAUGCUUGGCGCAAGGAGGUUGAAAAGAAACCUCCUCAAAUGACUGUGCAACAGGCAUACGAGGAUUUAGGAAUUGAUUUAACUAAAAUUCCUAAACCUGACGAAUCAAUUGUUCGUAAAAGUUAUUAUCGCUUGGCCCAAAUGUACCAUCCAGAUAAAAAUCCAAAAGGAAGGGAAAUGUUUGAAAAAGUAAGUCAAGCUUACGAGUUUCUUUGUUCGCGUUCAAGCUGGAGUAGCGGAGGUCCUAACCCAUCAAAUAUUGUUUUAAUUUUAAGAACUCAAAGUAUACUUUUUGAACGAUAUCCAGAUGUUUUACAUCCAUAUAAAUAUGCUGGAUAUCCGCAGCUUAUUAAAACGAUUCGUUUAGAAACAAAAGAUGAUCAAUUAUUUUCGAAGAAGGUGCCAUUGUUAACUGCAGCUUCUGAGUUAUGUUAUCAUACUGUUCAUUGUUCUGCUUUAAAUGCUGAAGAGCUACGUCGCGAAGAAGGAUUAGAAGCUUUAUUAGAAGCCUACACUCGAUGCGUUUCAAUAAUUGGAGCUGAUUCCAAACCAGAUUCAGUGCAUUAUCAAGUUAUAACAAACAUUACAAAAUGCUUUGAAGUAGCUUGUAAUUUUGAGAAUUGUAAACAAAAAAUAAUUAGCUUGCCACAAUUGAUCUCAGAUGUGUGUCGAGUCGUGUAUUUCAAGCAUAUAAUCUCAGUUAGCUUAGUGACUAACUUAGGGGCAAAUAAUUACGAUUUACAGUGUAAUUUGGUUAAGAAUGGUGUAUUAUGGUCUUUGCUAUUGUUUUGUUUCGAAUUUGAUUAUACUUUAGACGAGAGUGGUGUACAAGCUGAUGAAAAAUCAAAUAAUCAGAAGCUAGCUAAUAAUUUAGCAAAAAUGUCAAUAUUAGCUUGCGUUGCUCUGUGUGGAUACACUUUAGAGAAAAAAGUGAAUGAAAAUAUUGAAAGUGAAAAGUUAAAUGAAGUUAAAAGCACGAAACAAUCUCCGCCUGCUUCUUCGCCAACAACAUCGUAUACACAAAAUGCUCAAAAUUUAAUUCAAAAUAAUGAAAAUUCCCCAGUAACACGUCAAAAUUCUGUUGAUAGAACACAACAGAAUUCACCUGAAUGUAAAGAAGUUAUAGUACCAACGCUACCAGCUGAAAAAGAAAAUAUAGUAAGUCACCAGAAAUAUGUGAUUUCAGGGGAGCCCAAAAAUGUAUUGGUAAAGCAGAUUAUCGACAAAUUAUUGACCCCAAAUAUAUCAAAUAAAAUUGCAAGUGAGCCUGAGGGUGAAGUUUUGAAGAUUUUAACAUCUAAUAAUAGAAAUCCAUAUAUUAUAUGGGAUAAUGGUACAAGAGCCCAACUCUUAGAUUUUUUGGAAUUUCAACGUAAUCAAGCUUCAAAAGAAAUUUAUGAUGAUAUAACUAGCGUUCAUAAUGCAAUUUCGGAUUUCGAAUUUGAUGCUUAUAAAGAUGAAUUGAAAAUCGGUGGAGUUUUUAUUCGUAUUUACAACGAAAUGCCAACAUUCCCAAUUAUAAAUCCAAAAUCAUUUAUCCUAGACAUUCUAGAAUAUUUGAAGCAGUCUUAUAAAUACUUAAAUUCAAAACAUUUAAAAAAUAAUACAAAUAAUUCGAAUUCAGCGAAUAGGCCCUACGAACAAUCCGGUGGUAUACUAGUACCAACAUUAGCACCGAAUCAUCCAAACUACAAUAAUAAUACAACAACAAAAAAUAAAACAACAUUUGAUGAAGUUUUGAACGCGUACAAUAAAUCUAAAAUAAGGAAAAAGAUCGAACAGGACGCUGAACAUGAAUAUAGAAAAUUACAAUAUGAUUUUGUAAAUAAUGUAAAUAUCGAAAAACAUACAAUAUUAGUAUUGCGUGCUCUAAUAUCUGUGAUAAAAUCUAAUCCUGGAGUUGAAAUGCAGUGUAUUGGUUACUUUGAUAUGAUAUUUGGUUUUCUUUCUAAUAACAUAUGCGAGGAGAGUGCUGUAGUUAAAGAAUUAGCUUUGGAAAUUGUCGCAUUAAUUUCCAGAAAUAAAGAUUGUGUUAAUGAAAUAGCAGCAUGUGAGUUGUUGGGAAAUUUUUUGGUAUCUUUAAAAGAUUUCGAAUUAAGAGAUCAACAGUUAAGAGUUUUGGAAACUCUUUCUGGUUUAUUAAAUAUUCAAGAAAUGGUAAAAGAAGCCCAAAAUAAAGGCGCUGUUAUUUAUUUGUUAGAUCUAUUCUGUAGUUCAAGAAAUCCGCAAAUGCGAGAACUAAGUGCCGAAAUUUUAGCAAAAAUGGCGGGUGAUAGAUUGAGUGGUCCAAAAGUUCGUAUCACCGUUUGUAAAUUCUUACCACCUUUAUUUAUCGAUGCAAUGAUUGAGUAUCCUCAAACAUCCGUCCAGUUAUUCGAAUCUAUUCAUGAACAUCCCGAAUUAAUAUGGAAUGAUAAAAUAAGAACCAAAGUAUGUGAUGCUAUUUCAGACAUGUGUGAGGGCUUUUAUAAUACUCAGAAAGUAAAUAAAAAUAUUUUGUGGAAAGAUCCUGAAAUAUUAAAGGAAAUCACUACAAACGAGAUUGUAAUAUCUGGGGUUUAUAUACGCUUAUUCGUUGAUAAUCCAGCAUGGACUUUGAGAAAACCAAAACAAUUUCUUUCUGAGCUACUUGAUUUUGUUGUUGAUCAAAUAAGUAAAAGCUCUUCAGAGAAAAAUAGUAUUGAAUUGUCUACAAAAGCAUUAGUGGAAUUAUUGAGAGCCCAACCUAAUUUGACAGAUGAAAUUCCAGUUUUAGGUCAUAUUCCCAAACUUUUUAAUUUACUGGCAGUUCAACCAAAACAUACUCUAUCAGUAUUACAUCAACUUUCAGUCUCAGAAUUUUGUGUUGGAGCCAUAUCUCAAACAGAAUGUAUAUUACCACUUAAAAAAUGUAUGGAAUAUCAUAAAGAACUAAUUGAUAAGGCUUGUGAAACUUUAAGUCGUUUAUUCAAACAUCAACAUGAUACUCUAAUUAGUCAGUCGCUAGAAGUAAAACUGAUUCCUUUUUUAUUGACGUUAUUAGAAACAAGAUUAGAUUUUGUUGAGAAUUCAUCAGCCGUUAAAGCGCAAAUUGUCUCAGCUUUAAAAGCCAUGACAUUAAAUUUAAGUUAUGGUGAGAGGGUUACGCAAAUAUUAAUUAAAUAUCCAGUAUGGAAUGAAUAUAAAGAUCAAAGACAUGAUCUAUUCAUAACAGACAGUAAUGUCCGAGGUUAUUUAACAGGUGUUAAUCCUACCGCUGGAUAUCUUACACAAGGUCCCAGCCAAAAUGUUGAAGUCUUAACAUCACCUCCCCCAAUUGAUCGAGAUGACCCUCUAAUGAGACACACAAGUGAUUCACAAUAAUCUUCUAUUUUGUUUUAUGUGCACGAUUUCUAUAAAGAAUUAAUAUUCUUUUGUUUACUUGUAACUUUAAAAGAGAAAAAAAAAUUUUUGGCAUAUUGAGCUUAGAUAAAUCUGUUGAAUUUUAGAAAAAAUAAAUAUUAAUUUUAAGAAACAUUUUUAUGUAAUUGAAUAAUGAUAUAUACACCAUAUGAUAGAAUAAAUAAGAAAUAAGAAAAUCAACUUAUAAAAAAAAUUUAGUAUCAGUUUGAAAUCCAGGUCGUAUCAUAAUGAUUAGAGUUGAUAUAAAAUUGUGUAAAAUUAAAAAAAAAACAGUAUAAGUGUAAAAACAAUAAAAUUUAAAUAUCAUCUUUUUUUUUGUUUCAUUACAUUUUUAUCAGUUAUAUUCACAUACAAAAUAUUUUAAAAAAAAGCAAUUUUAUGUAACAAAUUUUGUUAGAAAAAAUAAAAAAAAAAAUAAAAAAAAAAACAAUACCUAAAAAUAUUGUGUAUUGAACGAAAUUUAGUGUAUUUUGUAUAAGAGAA